AUGAAUGCUUUGCGUCGAGCCGAAGUGAACCUGCGCAGGCUCGAAGAAGACCAGAAUGAGAAGCGUGCAGAUGGCGAACCGUCAAUGAGAUCAGGCAGUAAUUCAUGGCAAAACCCACAUCUGGAAGGAUUUCGUGCCGAAGCGCUUGAGUAUCUCUGUAAAGAGAAGGAAGGGUACAUGACAACAAACAUUCUGUACCAAUUUUGGAUCCAAGAGGCGUCAAAGAACCGCAAGUUGUGUGAGUCUAAACGUGAUGAGUUGCAGGCCUAA